GAAGCGGUGGCGGCGGCGGCGGCUCCUCAGUGCAGAGGGGGAAACUCCACGGACUCCGAGCAAGAAUAAUGCGGUAGCAAGGCGGGCUGCUUGCUCCCGGUUCUGGCAUUAGCGGCUUCAGCCUGAGCUACGGCACCGGCAUCACCCCAGGCGCUGACAGCCACGCCGACCGGCUCCCUUGCUGAUUGCCGACUGUCAAUGGAGCUGGAAAACAUCGUGGCCAAUACGGUGUUGCUGAAAGCCCGGGAAGGGGGUGGAGGAAAGCGCAAAGGGAAAAGCAAGAAGUGGAAGGAAAUCCUGAAGUUUCCUCACAUCAGCCAGUGUGACGACCUCCGAAGAACCAUAGACAGAGAUUACUGCAGUCUAUGUGACAAGCAACCAAUUGGGAGACUGCUUUUUCGACAGUUCUGUGAAACCAGGCCUGGACUGGAGUGCUACAUUCAGUUUCUGGACUUGGUGGCAGAGUAUGAAGUUACUCCAGAUGAAAAACUUGGAGAGAAGGGGAAGGAAAUAAUGACCAAGUAUCUCACUCCAAAGUCCCCAGUCUUCAUCGCCCAAGUUGGCCAGGACCUGGUCUCCCAGACAGAGACGAAGCUCCUGCAGAGGCCUUGCAAGGAACUCUUCUCUGCUUGUGCUCAGUCUGUCCAUGACUACUUGAAGGGAGACCCCUUCCAUGAAUACCUGGACAGCAUGUACUUCGAUCGUUUUCUGCAGUGGAAAUGGUUAGAAAGGCAACCAGUGACCAAAAAUACUUUCCGGCAGUACCGAGUGCUGGGCAAAGGGGGCUUUGGAGAGGUCUGUGCCUGCCAGGUUCGGGCCACAGGUAAAAUGUAUGCUUGCAAACGCUUAGAGAAGAAGAGGAUCAAAAAGAGGAAAGGAGAGUCCAUGGCACUCAAUGAGAAGCAGAUUCUUGAGAAAGUCAACAGCCAGUUUGUGGUCAACCUGGCCUAUGCCUAUGAGACCAAAGAUGCUCUGUGCCUGGUCCUGACCAUCAUGAAUGGGGGUGAUCUGAAGUUUCACAUCUACAACAUGGGGAACCCUGGCUUUGAAGAAGAGCGAGCCUUGUUUUACGCAGCUGAGAUCCUCUGUGGCCUAGAAGACUUACACCGUGAGAACACUGUCUAUAGAGAUCUGAAACCAGAGAAUAUCCUGCUGGAUGAUUAUGGCCACAUUCGGAUCUCAGACCUGGGACUGGCCGUGAAGAUCCCUGAAGGAGACCUUAUCCGUGGUCGUGUGGGCACUGUUGGUUACAUGGCCCCAGAAGUCCUGAAUAACCAACGAUAUGGCCUGAGCCCUGACUACUGGGGUCUGGGCUGUCUCAUCUAUGAGAUGAUUGAGGGCCAGUCACCAUUUCGAGGCCGCAAGGAGAAGGUUAAGCGGGAAGAAGUGGAUCGCCGGGUGCUGGAGACUGAAGAGGUAUACUCCCCCAAGUUCUCUGAAGAGGCCAAGUCCAUCUGCAGCAUGCUGCUCACCAAAGACUCAAAGCAGAGGCUGGGCUGCCAGGAGGAAGGGGCUGCUGAGGUCAAGAGGCACCCUUUCUUCAGGAACAUGAACUUCAAGCGCCUGGAGGCUGGGAUGUUGGACCCUCCCUUCGUUCCAGAUCCCCGGGCUGUGUACUGCAAGGAUGUGCUGGACAUCGAGCAGUUCUCUACUGUGAAAGGUGUCAACUUGGACCAUACGGACGAUGACUUCUACUCUAAGUUCUCCACAGGAUCUGUGCCAAUCCCAUGGCAAAAUGAGAUGAUAGAAACAGAAUGCUUUAAGGAGCUGAAUGUGUUUGGACCCAAUGGUACCCUCUCACCAGACCUGAACAGAAAUCAGCCUCCAGAACCUCCAAAGAAAGGGCUGUUUCAUAGACUCUUCAGGCGUCAGCACCAGAAUAAUUCCAAGAGUUCACCCACUCCAAAGACCAGUUGUAAUCACCGCAUAAAUUCAAACCACAUCAGUUCAAACUCUACUGGAAGCAGCUAGUUUCAGCUCUGGUCUCGAAGUCCAAAGUGGAACCAGCUCAGACCCUUCUACUUGGAAGCAGAACUUGUAGCUGAUGGAGCUUCUACUAUGGCUGGGUAGCCAGGAGAGCUCCCCUGGGAACUGGGAUAGGAUACUGUUCACCUGAACAACAAGCCUCCAAGUUUCUCAAAGAAAUUUCCACUCAGGUCUGUUUUUCAAGGUGGCCCCAAGCUGGGGUGAACUAGAAUUGUCCUUGUUGAAUAUUGCAAUAGAAACCCAAUGGGAUAUGACAACUUGCAUGGAUUUUAAUAGCAUCCUAAUUAGAACUGAAUUUUGUCUUUAUCAUUUUUAAAGGAAAGUUUUGUAAAUUUCUCUAUUGUCUCAGUUUACAUUUUGUAUAUUUGUAUUUAACUGAAAGUCAGAUUUUGAGGGUGUAUAUUUUCUGUGUAGCCACUUUUAAGCCAUGUGUUUUAAGCCAUUUUAGAUGGGGGGUUUUACAAAAAAAAAUGUGACUCUAGACUUCCAGAGCUUCAGAAGAGAAAAUGUUUUUUUAUUAAAUGUAGAAAAUGUUUCACCUUUUACCUUUUAA